AAAAUGUUUAACGUGUUUUUCUCCUCCUCAGCCUCCUCCGUCCUACGAGGAGGUGAUCAGGGAGAAGACACAGGAGCAGGUCCUCCGUCCUCCUCCGUCCUCCUCAUCCUCAUCACGUCCAGCCUCUAUAACCAUCGCCACGCAGACCGACCCCGGAUCGGCGCCCGACCCCCAAGACGCCAGCGUGAGAAGACCAGUGAGACCACCACGGCCGCCUCACCCUCGCAGACCGUCUCACGUCGACGACGUCGCCACCACAGCCAGCCAAUCAGCAGUCGCCUCCCUGAACGGUGACGGCGCUCACACGCCGUGCUGCGACCUCCUGUCUGACCUCUGCCCUCCUUUGACCUCGACCUCCGGCGCUCAGACUGACUCAUGGGAUCAGUCUGUUCUUGCUGUUGACGUGGCGACUCCUUCCAGCGCUCCCUCCCAGCGUCCCAGGCCACGCCCCCGCUCCAGGCUCAGCGCGCCGCCGCCGAUCACCAGCGACGUCAAAGUUCAGACGUUGGUGAAGCUGAGCGAGGACGGUUUGGCCACGCUAGCUGCCCGCGCGAGAAGUGACGGCGGCGUGAGUCAGGGGAAGUACCUUCAGGAGCUGCUCGAGGCCUUCAGCUCCGACGACUGGGGCUUCCCCGAUCGCCGCAGCGACAGCAGCGAGCACAGCCAAUCAGAGAGCGAGGACGAGGACGAGGACAUGGCGACCCUGAAAGCGAGGAUACAAGCCUUCGAGCAGCAGCAGCAGCAGGUGGCUGAUGGGAGCUGUGGCGACAGAGACUUUGUGGUGGCAAAGAAACCAGAACCAAGGCCACGCCCCCGUCUCCAGGGGCAACCAGCCAAAUCCGCCCCCCCUACCGUCGCCCCGAAACCAAAAAACUUUUCCCCUAAACCCUCCAGCAAGGUAUUCUGGGAGGAUGACGGGCUGACAGCAGGCGGUGCCGAAACUUCUGCAGACUUAAACCCUCAAACUGAAACCCCGAAACCUGCUGCAGCUCCGGGACCCCCCAAAAACACAGAAAAACCCGCAGUGUCCCCUAAACCGCAGUCUGCUUCAGACCCCCUCCUGUCCGCCCCUGUCCCGGCUCCGAGGCCACCUCCGCCCAAACUCACCCCGUCUGUCGGUGAGACUCCUCCCACAGCCAAAGCUCCGCCCAGACCGCCAGUCGCCCCAAGGACCAGCGUCGGAGCUCCGCCCCAGGACAGGAGCGCCCCGACUCUGCCGCCGAGGCCGUCUGUGGAGGUCAGCGGCGAGGCUCAGAAACAGAUGGCAGGCGGCGAGGAGACGCCGGACGCUGCGAAACAAAGUGGUGAGUGUUCGUCUUUAAAG